CUGCAAUGGCGGCCAUAAUUUGAAAUUGAUGUGAAAAUUUCACAUUUUUAAAUGAGAUAAAUACAAAAAUUAAAGCCGAGCGCAGUUAAUUGUUAAUUUUAAAAUGAUAAGAAGGUAAGGCAGAUACCAUAUAUACAGUUGUCAGACUUGUGCUGCAACAGCCGAGAAAGAUGUCCAGCAAAAGAUAGUCGUUGUCGAUUAUGUGGAAAGAAAGGACAUUGGCAAGCUAGAUGUAGAUCGGGCAGGAAUGUAAGAGUAGUUGAAGGUCAAAACUGUGCUGAAAGUGAGGUAGGAAUAGAAAAUGAAAUGGAAAACGUACAGAACAAGAUUUCGAUAAUGCAAUAGAACUUUAUACCAAAGCAAUUGAAAAGAAUCCCACUGUAGCUAUUUAUUAUGCAAACCGUAGCUUUGCAUAUCUAAAAACUGAAUGUUUUGGCUAUGCUUUAACAGAUGCCUCGAAAUCAGUAGAAUUAGAUAAAACUUAUGUGAAAGGUUACUAUCGACGAGCUGCUGCUCACAUGUCAUUAGGAAAAUUUAAGGAAGCCCUAAAGGAUUAUGAAUAUGUAACUAAAGUGAGACCAAAUGAUAAAGACGCUAAAAUGAAGUAUAUGGAAUGCAACAAAGUAGUCAAAAAAUUGGCAUUUGAAAAAGCCAUAGCAGUUGAAGACAAUAAGAAAAAUAUAGCGGACAGUAUUAAUAUUGAUGCAAUGACGAUAGAAAAUGAAUAUACAGGGCCUGAAUUAGAGGAUGGUAAAGUGACACUUAAUUUUAUGAAAGAACUUAUGGAAUUGUAUAAAAACCAAGGAAAACUUCAUAGAAAAUACGCCUAUACGAUAUUAUUAGAUAUAAGAUCAUAUUUUACAAAACAACCCACCUUAGUAGAUGUACCAAUCGGCGAUGAAGACAAAUUUACAGUAUGCGGUGACAUUCAUGGGCAGUUUUAUGAUCUAAUGAAUAUAUUUGAACUGAACGGCCUCCCGUCGGAAACGAAUCCGUACCUGUUUAAUGGAGACUUCGUCGAUCGAGGGUCCUUCUCUGUAGAAUGUAUAUUUACUCUAUUCGGUUUUAAACUUUUGUAUCCCAAUCAUUUCUUUAUGUCACGAGGGAAUCACGAAAGCGCUACAAUGAAUCAAAUGUACGGUUUCGACGGGGAAGUCAAAUCAAAAUACACCGCUCAAAUGGCUGACCUGUUUACAGAAGUAUAUAAUUGGCUUCCAUUAGCUCACUGUCUUAAUAAAAGAGUCCUGGUAAUGCACGGCGGUCUGUUCACAAGAGACGACGUAACUCUAGACGAAAUAAGAAAAAUUGACAGAAACCGACAACCGCCGGAAGACGGUCCAAUGUGCGAGCUGUUAUGGUCGGAUCCGCAACCGCAACCCGGUCGAGCAGCCAGCAAACGGGGAGUGGGUUGCCAGUUCGGUCCCGACGUUACUCAGAAGUUUUUAGAGUUAAACAAAUUGGACUAUAUCAUUAGGAGUCACGAAGUGAAGAACGACGGGUAUGAGGUCGCUCAUAACGGACUAUGUAUUACUGUCUUCUCUGCUCCUAACUAUUGUGAUACUAUGGGUAAUAAUGGCGCAUUUAUUACGUUGAAAGGAAAAGAUAUGAUGCCGAAAUAUACAACGUAUGGAGCUGUGCCCCACCCUAACGUAAAACCAAUGGCGUACGCGAACUCUCUACUGAGUCUGAUGUGCUAGUACCUGCCUUUUGUAGUAAAUUUUGUAGUUCAUCUUUCAUUUAAGUAAUUCCUCGAUAAGUUAAAGAAAAAAAUAGACAUUUUGUUAGUUAAGUAUUCGCUUUUCAUAACUUACGAACGUGAGAUUCGACGAAUAGAAUUGUACCUACAAAACGGAGUGUCUCGAAUAACGGUGUAGAGUUUUGGAGGGGUAGAAGAGUUACUCGCAUUUACGGAUAACGAGACGCAUAUCCGGAUCUUUUCUAAAUACUGCGAGGCAUAAGUGGGAUAUAGAAAAUUAUGCUCAUUUUCUUAGUUGAUUUUUUCGUCAACAGAUUAACGGAUUCCGCAAAUUUUUUUUAUUUUAGUUUUUUCUUUAGUAUUUACACUGCUGUGCAAAGGUUUACUCAAACUUCUUUUUUGUACUUAUACCGGGUGGAAGAAAAUAAAUGUUUUUCUUAUGUUAAGUUUAAGACACUCUGUAGUGAGGAUGAGGUACAAAAGUCGGAAUCGUAUUGUAGUCUUAUGUUUUGUGUAUAGUACGAUAGGAAAAGAGUGUUCAAAGAAAACAAUCUGUGUAAUAUACCUCUCGCUAUUUAAAAAGUCUCCACAUAGACACCAAAUCCGUACUUACUCUCCAGGAAAUUCCAUCCCAAAACAUCACAGAGCCUCUAUUAAACAAUCUCGUCUCUCUUAUACGCCUUUCUGUUUUUAAAGUUUUGUCACGUCAUGUUCCUCUCUGUUUUUAAAGUUUUGUUAACUUUUUUUUUAACUGUUAACCCGCGAGUAGUCGCGCCGUUAGAUAUAAUCUCACAUUUUAUCCUUUUUCGCGAUAACUUGAUGAAAAAUUUUGCAAUUUUGAAAAAAUUUCGUAAGUGCCUCGAGGAAGGGUGUAGUAAUGCUUAGGUAUUUUUUUUCUUCUUCUUCUUCUUUUUGUGGAAUUUAUGGCUUUGGGUAGAGCCAAUUAGCUUUAAUAAUUGUUAGAAAUGAUAUUUCUAACAUAGCAAGUAAAUAAAAAUACUAUAAAAUAAAAAUUUGUUGGAAAUCCGUAUUUAAAUUCAUGUUACAGAAGUGAGCGCGACUACUCCCGGGUUAAUUUAAUUUUGUUUUAGUUAAAACACAUGUUACAGAGUAAAUCCACCUAUUUUCUUUGUUUCUAAGAUAGAUAUCAGGGGCUUUCAAAAAACAAAAUGUUCACAAAACAUAAGACUACAAUCUGAUUCCGAUGUAUACUUACAUUUGUAUCUCGUCCUCACUGCAGGGUGUCUCAAACUUAACAUAAGAAAAACAUUUCUUUUCUUUCACCAGGUAUAAGUACAAAAAAAAGUUUGAGUAAACCUUUGAACAGCUGUGUGAAUAAUAAAGAAAAAUCUAAAAUAAUAACAAAAAAUUAGCAGAAUCCGUUAAAUAAAGAUGAGCCUAAUUUUCUAUAUCCCUAACUUAUGCCUCGCAGUUUACUUUACAGCGUUACUGAUCCUCAUCUCAUCAUUAUACUGUAAACUAAUAUUUAAUUAUCAUGUCAAUUUUGACGUUUUUCUUUCCUGAUUUUGUAAUUUUAUUAUUUCUAAUUGCAUCUAUCGAAGAUUUUAUAUUGUAUAAACGAUUAUAACUAUAAAUAUUGUUUGUACGGAUUUUUUCUACAGACUGUACUUUACCAUGUUGCCAGAUUUAAUCAAGUAAUUCAGUUGUGGAAAUUAUAUUUAACUGAAUCGGUUAAAGUGCUCAAAUACUAUGAAAACUUACCAUUUUUAUGAAUUUUUUCUCUAUUGCUUUUAUGAUUCCAUAGUUUCUAGGAUUACAAAGUAUGACCAAAGAUUGUUUAUAUUUUUCCUAUUCUGGAAAUUUCCCAUUAAUCUAGUGUAUACAUAUUCUUCCAGUUGAACUAGGACAAGAUUCAACGUAUAGUGAAGAUUGUGUUUUUAUUUGUGUAAUACUUUGGAUCUCCCGCCUCCAAAAUAUCACAUCACUGUUAUGACACUUUGUGAUUAUUGUUAUUUUUGUUUUGUUUUUAUUGUACACACGUUUGAAAUGUAGUACCAGUUCAAUAAAGUAUUUAUUUUUU